AUGUGCCCUACCUUCAAAGACGACAGCAGCGCGCAACAAAACGCAUGGAGCUCGAUUUGGCUUCCCCCAUUCAUCCAACGCUUGUCGAAAUUUAUUCACGGCAACUUGACUCUGGACGAGUCCUCUUGGGGCGACUUUCCCUACCUGUGCGGCUUCGAGUCGCAAAUCACGGGCAGACUUUCUCCGUUUUGUGACACCUUUACACAGGACGAGCUUGAGCAAUACGAAUACCUACAAGAUCUGAGGUAUUACUACGGCCUCGGUCCCGCUACCAAUGUCUCAUCCAAGAUGAUGGUUCCGUUUUUGCACAGUUUGAUGGCUAGACUUGCGGCAGGACCAGAUGCUAGAGGUACCACGACCGGUGGUGGCUUUUUCAAUGUCCCCAACUUGCUAAUGAGCUUUCUCAACGAUGGCCAGCUUGUUCAGCUUGCUAGCGCCACUGGCAUUUUUGACAAUGAGAAGCCUCUUCCGGUCAAUAGAAUCGCCGGAGACCGCCUCUGGCGCAGCUCACGCAUCACACCAAUGAGAGGAACCAUUGCUUUCGAGAGGCUCAACUGCAAAGCUGGCGGCCCUGCAACCAGCAGUCCUGGUCAAAACAAAACCUUUGUACGGAUUCGUCUUAACGAGGCUGUGUAUCAACUGCCAUUUUGUCACGACGGGCCGGGCAAGUCAUGUAGUCUCAGCAAGUACGUUAAGUAUGUGGCUGACAAAUUGGAGGCCAAUGGGAGUUUUGCCAAGCUGUGUAAUGUGACGGAUCCCUCCGCACCAACUCAGGCGCUCGGUGCUAGUUUCUUUGGUAACUUGGGCGAAUCGCACUUGCAAAUUGUCAAGCCAUGA